CUUUCACCCGCCACUUGUGAAUAUCUGCUUUCCACAACUCUCAUUCCUCCAGAAAAUGAGCUUCAGCCACUUGGAGAAUAUGCCUUCAAACCAUUCAAAUCCUCAAGGGGCACAGAGAUCAUCCUGGAAGUUAUGCCUUGUCUGCUCAACAGUUACCUUCAUAUUACUUUGCCUCUUCAUUAUACUAAUUUUUGUUUUUCUCCCACUCAAGAUUGCCAAGGAACCUUGCAUAGCUAAGUUUGGACCAUUACCCUCAGAAUGGCAAACAACAUCUUCUGAGCCUCUUUGUGUGGAGGUGGAUGAUAUAUCUGUUUGGAAGCUGAAAAUACUUCGGAGUGGCUUGUAUGUAAUUUAUAGCCAAGUGGCACCCAACACAACCUACAAAGAACUAGCUCCUUUUGAAGUGCAGCUACGUAAAAACAAUGUCACCAUACAAACUGUCACAGACAACUCUAAAACUCAAAAUGUGGGAGGAACUUAUGAAUUGCAUGCUGGCGAUACAAUAGGCUUGAGAUUCAACCAUGAAUAUCAGGUUCUAAAAAAUAAUACCUACUGGGGGAUCUUAUUGCUAGCAAAUCCCCAAUUCAUCUUUUAG